GGUCGUAAGCGUGCGACUUUCUAAAUGAGACUGAUAGCGAAGGCCCGGGCCUCGGCCCUGACCCGGGCUCCUGCAGGCAGACAGUGAGGAGGCUACGCAGAGGCUAAGAUGUGGGGGUCAGUGACCAGCCUUCCCUCACGGCUGUCGAUCACUACUGUGGCAGGCAUCUGCCCGCGUCUCCGCUGGGAAAUGGGCCUGGCGUGCUCGGCUCGGCUUCGCCGGCGCCUGACUCAGUCGUGCCUAGAAUGCCAGCCCUUUCCAGGUUUACACCAGUCGGAGACAUCGCUGCGGAGUAACAAGUGGAUGAGGCUUUUCCCGGGCAGCACGAUGGUGGCGGACACAGUGGCUCAUCUCCUGCAGGCAGGACCUCCUGGAUCCAGCCCAUGGGUCUUAGAGUGCAAUCCCGGACCUGGAAUGAUUACCAGUGCAUUGCUGAAUGCUGGUUUACAAGUGAUUGCACUUGAAAAAGAUAAAACUUUUCUUCCAUAUUUAGAGUCCCUAAAAACACAUCUCAGUGGACAACUAGAAGUAAUCUACUGUGACUUUUUCAAUCGAGAUCCUCCUGAUAACAAAGUAAAAACACCACCUGCUAUGUUUACAGAAACACUUUUCAGGAAUUUUGGAAUAAGAGAAAUUCCAUGGACAGCAGAUGUUCCUGUAAAGAUAGUUGGGUUUUUCCCAGCUAAAAAUGAAAGAAACGUACUUUGGAAAUUUUUAUAUGACCUCUACUCUCGUAGUUCCAUAUAUGACUAUGGACGAAUAGAAUUGAAUAUGUUUAUUAGUGAACAAGAAUACAAGAAAAUCAUUUCAAAGCCUGGUGAAAAGUUUUAUCAACCCCUAAGUGUACUUUGUCAAACAGCUUAUGAGAUAAAGCUUCUACAUAAGGAGCCCUUAUCGUCAUUUAUAAUCUUCAAAAAUGGACAAUUCCGAUCAUUCAAGAUCAUGGAAUCCAAAAAUAACCACCUGAACUUUAUUCAAUUGACUCCUCGAAGAAAUUUAUUUACAGAUAAUUUGACACCUAUGAACUCAUGUAAUUUUAUGUACCUGGUUAAACAGUGUUUUGCCAAGCGCAGAUAUAAAUUAAUUGAUUUAUUUAACUCAUGGUAUGUACAUGAAAAAGUGGAUUUGCUUCAAAAACUAAGCAAGAAUAAACAUGAUUUGGUAGCCAGUUUGGGCCCAGAAGAGUUUAAAUAUCUUUUUGAAGUUUUGGAGAGUUCUGAAACAUUUACCCAAAAAUGGUUAUUUGAUCAUUUUCUGCAGAACACAGUUCUAGAAAGCACCUAAGUCGCAAAGAUUUUAUUAACUGGAUGGAGCAGUUCCUUUGAGAAUUAUGAUGUAAAUUAAAAAGAAUAGGUUUUAAAAGUUUGCCUCUUUUCAAUUGAGAAUAAAUGGUUUUGUUUUACACAGUUGAAGGAUGAUGUCAGAAAGUUCACACUGAUUUUUUUAAAUAGUUGUUACUGUUAAAUGUACAAAAUGUAUAAAUGAAAUCUUAAUUUGACUGUUAAUUGGAAGAACUGAAAAAAAAUCAAGAUUUUUUGGGUGUGUGUGCAAAAUUCUUCACUGCUAUCUAUCUAAUUGGUUGGUAAAUUGCUAUCAAAUGGAAAUUCAUUUAGUAAAUUCCAGCCUUGUUAAAACAUCUUAAAUUGAAUUCAUUUAAAUACUUAUGCUUUCACAUGGGCUUAUUUUUGGUUACAUUUCAUCAGCCUUAGAAAGCGAAUUAGAUUGGCCCAAUUAUUUGUACAUUUUACUUUGAGGUUAUGCUUGCAAGUACUGCAAAGUAAAAUUUAAUUUAAAAUGUCUUAUUUAAGCUUUUUUAUUGGAAUUUUUUUAUUAAUGAGUUUUGUGAUAUUUUUCCAAAACCUAAUUUUUUAAUCCAAAUACUUGAGUAACACACAUAAAAUAGAAAUUUGUUUGAAUGGGGUUGCAUUGUGUAUAUAUUUUAAUAAAGA